AACCCCACACUUUGCCCAAAUGUUUAUGCACAAGCUGAGGAAGCUUAAACAAGGAGCACUAGAGAACUUCUGUGUAAGGAUUUGUUUAACAGAAUGGGCAAGGUACAACUGCUUAGAGGUUUUUAAGCAACUGCAGCUGAGUAACUGAAACCUUUCUGGAACUGGAGAGCUUGAGGAGAGAUCAGCUGUCUGCAGGCGGGCACUAUUAGCUCUGCAUUGACGUCACAAUGACACGGUGAAGCUGAAGAUAGGAGCUGGGAACAGUUCUCCUGCUUCACUUUUGAUAAUUGAGUGAAUUUGUCACCACUCCGUUCCUCCCAGCAUGGCUAAGAGUGCAGAAGUGAAGCUGGCAAUCUUUGGUCGAGCUGGCGUGGGCAAGUCAGCUCUCGUUGUACGCUUCCUGACCAAACGAUUCAUCUGGGAGUACGACCCAACACUAGAGUCUACAUAUCGUCACCAAGCUACCAUUGAUGAUGAAGUGGUUUCCAUGGAGAUACUAGAUACAGCUGGUCAGGAGGAUGCUAUUCAGAAAGAAGGACACGUGCGAUGGGGUGAAGGUUUCGUGCUGGUUUAUGACAUCACGGACAGAGGCAGCUUUGAGGAAGUGCUGCCACUUAAGAACUUGUUGGAUGAAGUUAAAAAACCCAAAAACGUCACCCUGAUCCUGGUGGGGAACAAAGCAGACUUGGAUCACUCCAGGCAGGUCAGCACAGAGGAAGGUGAAAAACUGGCCACAGAACUAGCAUGUGCUUUUUAUGAGUGCUCUGCUUGCACAGGAGAAGGCAACAUUAUGGAGGCUUUCCAUGAGCUCUGUCGUGAGGUACGGCGUCGAAAGAUGGUCCAGGGCAAGACUCGGAGACGAAGCUCCACUACCCACGUCAAGCAGGCAAUUAACAAGAUGCUUACCAAAAUCAGCAGCUAAGAAGAGCUGCACUAAGCCAGAGAAGAAGCAUUUUUAAGCAUAUUAGCUUGGAGUAGGGACAAGGCAGGCAAAGAACAUUUAAUAAAAAAUGGUAAAAGCUUUGCAAUUAAAAAAAUAUAAAAGACAAACCACACCAGUUUUUUUGAGUAACACAUGGUCAGACUUUUUUCCUGUUUCAAAAUGUAUUCAGCCACACUGCUUCUGGCUAACAUGAGAAAAACAGAAAAAAGAGAAAGGAAAGAAAAAGAGAAAAAAAAAGCAAAAAAGCAAAAAAAAAGAAAAAAAAAAAAGCAAACUCCAAAGGACUAGAUGAUUGUGGAGAUUGGUGCUGACAGAACAUCAUCUGCUUCUACAAGGCUGGCUCCAAUCCUCCACAAGUCAGUAGUGCCUAAGCAUUGUUUCCAGCCAGCCAGCUGCUUAGUAGCCAUUGGAGAGUAAGAUCCAGUCAUCAGUCCAUCAACAACCAUCACAGCCAGUGUUCUCAAGGACUGAACACAUAUCCAAGCUGCCGCGUUGUACCGGAAAGUUCACCUGACACCUUUCACCAGCUCUAAAUUGGUGCAUUGUGUGCUUUUACUCCAAACUGCCCUUCCUUGUUGUUAUUUUUGUUCAAUCUUUGAGUGCUGAUGUUCUAAGAGAGGUACACAAAAAAUAUACAAAAGGUCUUUUUCAUCAAGCAUUUAACUAGCAAGAUACACAUUUCAACAGAGAUUAAAUUCAGCUGUGUUUCCAGAUCCUCUGAAACUACAGAAUUCAUCAAGAAAUGAUCAGCUAGUCCAGUGACAUUUCAGCAUUUCCCUCUCAAAGUGCAGUAUUGUACCUGGGAAAACAGGAGUGUAUGUGUUGGGAAACCAAACUAAACAAUAACCUUAUUACUCUUGAUUUAGUUAUGGGUAGUUUUAGCUUUUGUUUACAUUUUUGUUUUGGUUUUAUUUCAAUUCAAGUAGUUCCUCUUAUUCUAUACUAUUCAUAUAAUGAAGAAGAUCUAAACCCCUGAGAAAGCAUUUAAAGUCUAAGCCCAAAUGUAAAUCAGAAGCAAAUGGGUUAUACCAUAUUGAAACACUGUAAUUUCCAGCUGUUUAAACUUCCAGAUGUUGCUUGAAACACUCUGUGGUUUAAACCAGCACAGGCUUUUUUUGUGACUCUAUCUGGCAUAUUCAAGUGAAAAUGCAUUUUAUCAGAUCUUGGUGCCUGGGAUAAAAGGUAUUCAGUUUUUUCUCCUCCCUCAUGUGUCUCAUUUAAGCCAGGUGUCAGUUUUUCACUCCUGGCUACUUGGCUUGUUAACUGUGUGCUAAGAGGUGUAUGAACAAAGACUGGAUUAUUUUUUUAUCAGAUUGUGCUCCUCUGCCACCUGUUGUGUCACAUCCCCUUAGGCAGUAUGGCUUGCAGCUCACACUGGCAUUGUGUAGAACCACAGCCAAGAGCUGGCAUGAAAAAUGGGAAUAUUAGCAGUGUUCUCCCUUGAGGAGUAGCCCUCUUGUAGCAACUACUUACAACUUUAUUCUCCACAGGUUUGUCCUUCAUACGGUUAUUUGCCUCUAUGAGGAAGUAGCACCAAAAAGCUGUCAAAUACAAAUUGCCACACAUGUAGGACAAUGAGAAUAUCCAGUUGGAUGGCACUUUAUACAGUUAUAGGUAGCCAUAUAGGAGGUGAAACUGUCAGGACAAUGAAGCCUGUAUGUCCCUGUGGACAAAAAAAAAAAAGUCUCAAGUCAGGACUUAUCAAACAGAGUCACUUAAAGAUACUUUACCAAAGUAAUUUUUAAAAAAAACAUUCUCUCAUCCAUAUCUUUUAUGCAACCAGCAUCAAAGACCAUCACAUUCAUAUGUAUAUUUUAUUUGUGCUGUUGCUUAUUUUCUCCAUUUCCCCCAUUCUAGGUAGUGAAAAUCCAUUUUUCUCUUCUGGAAUCAAUGAAUCAAUAUCUAUAAUGUGGUUCUCAUAUUCAGGUAUGUUGCUGUAUUUCAGCUACACACACUGCAACAGAAACCUCACCAUGUACUUCUGGGCAGGGGAUUGUUGCAACAGGUGAUGUCACUAUGUCCAUGACACACCUGUGGCAAAAAAUAUUCAUCAUAUCUCUAACUUUUGCCACAAAAAAAAAAAAAAAGGUUUUUGUCAUUUUUAGUCCAACUAGUAAUGUAGAGUCAGUAAGUGUGUAAAAGAAAGAGCUAGUACCUGUUCACAUGCCAGUAGUCAUUAGCUGAAGGUCUGAACUUGCAAAUGUGUAUGUUACAACAUCAGGAGCCAGAGUAAGCAUUUCACUAGGUCAUUCUGUUAUCUUCCAAUUCAGUGCUGUUGCAUAAAUUUGAAGUAAACAAAAUCCUUAGCUGCUAUCCCAUGGCAAGAUAGCUGAUGAGGAAUGUAAUUAUGUCGCUAUGCUAAGCAAGUGAUUUACCCUUCUCUAAGAUAACUUCAACAGGUCUUUUCUCUGAAAACCUUUUUUUGAGUUUCAGAGUAAUACUGUUUUAAAAUACAAAAAGGUAAUAUGUGAAUUGCAAGAGAAAAUAACUGAAUCAUAUUCAUACUAGGAAACUUGAAAGGAAGGAGAGGCUAAGUUAUGGCCCUAAUCUUUCUGAAAGAAUCCCAGCAAAUUAUAUCUUCUUUUAUAAUGUCUGUAUGGAGAAGUUAUAGAAUCCUGGUGAAAGAAAAUGUUCCACUGUGCAAACAUGACUUGUUACAUAAAGAUCCUCUAAUAAAAAUAGUAACAUUCCUUUGCAAAGACUGAAUUUGGAAACUGCCAAACGUGAUAAACAUUCAAAAAGUAGGCUGCUAUUUUGUGACCUUUCCUCCCACACAAACACACAUUUCUUUACUUAAUUGUUUAUUAUUUUUUUUUCCUCAGUGUAAUAACUGUGAAGCCAGUGAUAGUAUAUUACAAUCUGUUGAUACAUUUUACAUAGUAUUACAUUCAAUCUGAUUUACUGUUGCUCACAAUGUUGCAACAUAUUAUUGGCUAUGCUAUAAACAUGUCAUAUUUCUACAAUGUGCAAAGUGAGCCAAAAAAAAAAAGUACCCAAGGAUUCAAAAGGCCAAAUGCAACAUGAACCCACAUCUGGUAGCCUUUCUGCAGGAGAAUCAACAGCAUAAAUUCUGUUUCUACUGCUCCUAUUUAAGUACAUAUAUGGCCCUACAUUACAUUCUUCUCCUCUGCCCAUUAUCAUUUCUGCAGUGAGAGAAUGGGAAGGACAAUAAACAAAAAGGGGGAGGAAAGGUGAAAUGGAUACUUGUUACCUACAACAAGUUGAUUGUAAUUUAUGAAGUUUUUAAAUAUUUAUCUUCAAUUGAUGAAGAGUUAGUCAUGCCCAUGCUGGAAGACAUGGAUCAGGAACCAAGACUUCCCUAGAACUUUGCAAAUCUUCGUAUCUGGAGGUUCGGUGAAACCACAGAUGGAAGUGAGGGUCAGCUACUGGGUUUGAACCUGGAUCCAGACAAGUUGUCCCCAAAACUGGGGAUAGUUGCAUCUGGCAGUUUGCUACAAGACUAGUUGAUUUUUAUAUAUAUAACGAUCUGUAUGCAUUUUUACUUUAGAAAUAUGAAAGCUUGUGCCUGUAGAUAAUAUAUAAGACAAAAUAAAAAUAAUUUUAAAAAAAUAGUGCUUUCUGUACUGAA